CCCUAGGCUCGAGGCUCAGGAGUCAGUACAUAAUGAACGCCCCCAAACCCUACUCAGCCUUUGUUUCGCUCUGCCAUUCCAUCUGCAUAGCCUUGCUCGUUGAGAAUCCUGUGUUCGCGGUCAUGUCGCUCGUUAAUAUGAAAGCUUCCCACUCAUUUCUGUUGUUAGCUCUGGCUACGAUUGCCAGCGCUCAGUCUGCUCCAGACUUUCCGGUGCAAGUGUCGACGAAUCUGCGGGUUGAUUUCCAGAGUUCUUCGACCAGCGUCAAGCCGGCCGGCGUGCUGAUCUCUCGCGAUGACGUCCUUGAUGCCCCAACGGUCGACGGGCCACUAGACUCGUCUUCCACACUGGACUUCAUGCUCUUCAUGAUCGACCAAGACGCCACGUCGCCGGACGACGCCAACACCCGCGUGCAGUUCCUCCAAUACUAUCAGCCCAACCUGGGCGGAGCAUCAGAAGUGCUCUCCGACUUUGGGAGCGAUGCCCAGAAUUUCACCUCCGCCCCGGCUGUGUCGUACAUGGCGCCCACACCGCCCGCCGGGGACCAGGCGCAUCGGUACACGCUGCUGCUGUACUCACAGCCCAAGGAUUUCAGCAUCCCAUCGUCAUUCCAGUCGUUCUUUGACUCCUCAGAUUCGGACGCCCGGCUCGGCUUUGAUAUGGCUGGGUUCGCCGACGCUGCCGGGCUCGGCCAACCCGUCGCCGCGAAUUGGUUCGAGGUCCAAAACACCUCGCAGCCGGCGACAACUACUACGACAUCGAGUUCGAGCACGACCACGACCACGACCACGACCACGACCUCUACAUCCACAUCUACGACUACAUCGACAUCUGACUCUACAUCUACAACUUCUUCUAUCCCCAGCUCGAGCUCGACCUCCACCCAGGCGUUCGUAUCAAACACCACGAUGACAGUCGCCACUGUUACGGCAUCGGCCACUGGAGGCGACUCUAAUAGCCCGAUGCCUGCUGGACCAUCAACCAUAACGACAGUGACGACGGCAGGACUGCCCACCACUACAGACUCGCCCAGCGCCAGCGUCCAGACGAGUCCGAGCGCGAGCGCAAGCGUCAGCCUAGCCAGCGGCUCAAGCGCCGGCAUGAUCGACGUGCGUGACAGCAUGAGCGGGCUGGUUGCGGCGUUGGUGUUUGGCGUCGCGGGUGCUGGGCUCUGGCUGCUGUGAGAAGAACCGUGGCCACCCUGUCCGGGUCUCAUCAUGAUUUUGUUUAUGACUUGUAUCAUAAGGGCAUUUGUAUAUUAGGAGCCCCCACACUGCUAGAUUUCGAGCACGUAUUUUAGAUGGAAUUGAUGAACAGGGUUAAAAGCUCAAGAGCUUCGACCGCUGGGGAUUCAACAGGAUGACAUUGAAG